UUAGGAUGUGCCAUGUAUAGGAGUCAUAAAGGAGAAGCAUUAUUUUUCUGCUGUUAAUUCUGCUGGAUUAUAACUGCAAGAAGAAAUUUCACUGUUAUAUUUCUGCUACAAAGAAAGAUGGCUGGAUUACAACUACAGAAAGGACAAUCAAUGGAAGUGCUUAGAUGGCAAGUAACAUUUCCAUUUUUAUUUUACUGUCUAUGUCAUUCAGUCUCUGGUCAGAUUCAUUAUUCCAUAAAUGAAGAAUUAAGAAAAGGUUCAAUUGUUGGAAAUUUAGCAAAGGAUCUUCAAUUAGAUGUGAAGGAUCUUUCUGGAAGGAAAUUACGCAUUGAGUCGGAUGUGUUAGAGAAAUAUUUCACCAUAAAUCUGGAUAAUGGAAACCUAUACAUUGCUGAUAGGAUAGACAGGGAGACAUUGUGUGGAGCUGUAGCUGAAUGUGUUCUUAUAUUUGAUGCUGUGGUAGAAAACCCACUAAAUGUCUUCACUGUUAAGAUUGAUAUUCAGGACAUAAAUGACAAUCCUCCUAAAUUUCUUCAUAGCAUAUUGACAUUAGAAAUGAGUGAAUCGUCCUCUCCAGGAAGAAGCUUUGUUUUACAAAAAGCUGAAGAUUUGGAUAUAGGCAUUAAUUCUCUGAGAAGCUACAAACUCAGUGUUAAUCAGUAUUUUGCUCUUGGAGAGAAGAUCAGCUCUGAUGGCAGUGUAUUUCCAGAGCUCAUACUAGAGAAACCUCUAGACCGAGAGACACAAGACAAGCAUGAACUCAUUCUAACAGCUUAUGAUGGUGGAAAUCCUGUAAAGACAGACACUGCUUUAAUAAACAUCAUUAUCACUGACUUCAAUGAUAAUUCCCCAGUAUUUACACAAGAUGUAUAUAAAGUAAGUGUUAGGGAAAAUAUACCGGUGAAUUCAACAAUUCUGCAAGUCAGUGCAAGUGAUGAUGAUGAAGGAGUCAAUGCAAAAAUAACUUACUCUAUUAGUACCACAGUAGAUAAUAUUCUUUUGGCUUUCCAAAUUGAUUCCCAAAGUGGAGAGAUUAGAACAAAGGGAAACUUAGAUUAUGAAGUAAGAAAAUAUUAUGAAAUUUCUGUGCAAGCACAAGAUGGAGGAGGCCUAGCUGCCCAUGCUAAAGUUUUAAUAGAAAUAACAGAUGAAAAUGACAAUGCUCCUGAGAUUUCCAUAGCCUCAUCAUCAAAUCAUAUUCCUGAGAAUUGUGACCCUGGAACUAUGGUGGCUCUGAUUAAAGUUCAUGACCGUGACUCAGGAGAAAAUGGUGAAGUUCAAUGCCUAAUAAAAGGUGAUUUACCAUUUGAGUUACUAUCAUCCACCGGGAAGUUUUAUAAAAUUGUUACAAAGAGUGCUCUAGAUAGGGAAAAAACAUCAUCCUACAACAUCACAAUACAAGCCUCAGACAAAGGUUCUCCUGAAAUAACUUCUGAAAAAGUAAUCCAACUCAGUAUAUCAGAUGUUAAUGACAAUGCACCAGUGUUUGAUAAACUGAUUUACUCUGUGUUUGUGACAGAAAAUAAUUUACUAGGAUCGUCAAUAUUUAGCAUUCAAGCAAGAGAUUUGGACAAUGAAGACAAUUCUAAGAUAACAUAUUCUAUAAUGACCAGAGAUAAUGAAGAAGAUCUCUUAUCUUCAUAUAUCUCCAUGAAUCCAGUAACUGGGGUCAUUUAUGCUCAACAAUCAUUUGAUUAUGAGAAGCAUACAGAAUUUAAUAUCCAAAUACUUGCCAGAGACAAUGGAUCUCCAUCUCUGAAUAGCAGUACAACUUUAACAAUAUAUAUAAUUGACCAGAAUGAUAAUUCACCAAUUAUUUUGUACCCAUCACCAGAGGUUGAUAGAUCAGUGUUUGAGAUGGUUCCAUGGACCACUGAACAAGGAUCUUUAGUAUCUAAAGUUGUUGCAGUGGAUGCUGACUCUGGACACAAUGCCUGGUUGUCUUACUUUUUACAGUCUUCAGAACCAUCACUCUUCACCAUUGACCAGCAAACAGGGGAGAUCAGAACAUCACGUGUGUUUCAAGAAAGAGAUAUAAUGAAACAUGGAAUUUCGAUUCUAGUAAAAGACAAUGGGAUUCCAUCCCGCUCAGCCUCAGUCACUAUAAACAUGGUGAUUGCUGAUGGUUUUCAUCAGAUCCUUCCUGAUCUGAGCAGUCAGUCAAACAAAGAAGAAUCUCAGUCCAAUCUACAAUUCUAUUUGGUAAUAGCCUUGGCUUUGAUUUCUUUUCUCUUCAUGAUGACUGUAAUUAUUGCAUUUGUCUCCAAGUAUAAAGAAUCAAAGUCUUCUACCACAUUUGGAUCUAUGAGUACAAAUCUAUAUCCACCCAUUGAUCCCAGACUAAUUUCACAGUUUAACAAUGGAACAUUGACUCUGCCAUAUUCCUAUGAUGUUUGUGUGACUUUGGAUCCAAGUGAGCAGGAAUUUGCUUUUAUUAAACCUCAACACAAUGUUCCUGUGGAUAGUCUUAUAGAUGCUGAUGAUUCUGGCAUUGGAAAUGAAAAGGUCGGAGAUUAUUUAACUGAGGACAAUCAUAAGAUUCAGGUCAGCGCUGAUGGCAGUGUAUUUCCAGAGCUUAAACUAGAGAAACCUCUAGACCGAGAGACACAAGAGAAGCAUGAACUUAUUCUAACAGCUUCUGAUGGUGCAAAUCCCUUACAGACAGGCACUGCCUUAAUUAAUAUCAUUAUCACUGACUUCAAUGAUAAUUCCCCAGUAUUUACACAGGAUGUAUAUAAAGUAAGUGUUAGGGAAAAUAUACCGGUGAAUUCAACAAUUCUGAAGGUCAGUGCAAGUGAUGAUGAUAAAGGCAUCAAUGCACAGAUCACUUACUCUAUUACGCAAGAUGGAGGAGGCCUAGCUGCUCAUACUAAAGUUUUAAUAGAAAUAACAGAUGAAAAUGACAAUGCUCCUGAGAUUUCUAUAACCUCAUCAUCAGAUAAUAUUCCUGAGGAUUCCAACCCUGGAACUGUAGUGGCUCUGAUUAAAGUUCAUGACCGUGACUCAGGAGAAAAUGGUGAAGUUCAAUGUGCAAUAAAAGGUGAUUUACCAUUUGAGUUAAUAUCAUCAACUGGAAAGUUCUAUAAAAUUAUUACAAAGAGUGCUCUAGAUAGGGAAAAAACAUCAUCGUACAACAUCACAAUACAAGCCUCAGACAAAGGUUCUGCUGAAAUGAGUUCUAGAAAAGUAAUCCAACUCAGUAUAUCAGAUAUCAAUGAAAAUGCACCAGUGUUCGAAAAGUUAUUGUGCUCUGCAUUUGUGACAGAAAAUAAUUUACCAGGAGCUUCAAUAUUUAGUAUUCAAGCAAGAGAUAUGGACAGUGAAGACAAUUCUAAGAUAACAUAUUUUAUAAUGACCAAAGCCAAUAAAGAAGAUUCCCUGUAUUACUAUAUCUCUAUAAAUCCCAUAACUGGGGUCAUUUAUGCUCAACAGUCAUUUGAUUAUGAGAAACAUAAAGAAUUUAUUAUCCAAAUAAUUGCCAGAGACAGUGGAUCUCCAUCUCUGAACAGCAGUACAACACUAAAAAUAUAUAUAGUCGACCAGAAUGAUAAUUCACCAAUUAUUCUGUACCCAUCACCAGAGGUUGAUAGUUCAACAUUUGAGAUGGUUCCUUGGACCUCUGAAAAAGGAUCUUUAGUAUCUAAAGUGGUGGCAGUGGAUGCUGACUCUGGACACAAUGGCUGGUUGUCUUACUUUUUACAGUCUUCAGAACCAUCACUCUUCACCAUUGACCAGCACACAGGGGAGAUCAGGACUUCACGUUUAUUUCAAGAAAGAGACAUCAUGAAACAUGGAAUUGUGGUUCUAGUAAAAGACAAUGGGAUUCCAUCCCACUCAGCUUCAGUCACUAUAAACAUGGUGAUUGCAGGUCAUUUUCAUCAGAUCCUUCCUGAGCUGAGCAGUCAGUCUAACAAAGAAGAAUCUCAGGCCAACCUACAAUUCUACUUGUUGUCUCCAAAUAUAAAGUCAAAGUCUUCUAGCAGAUUUGGAUCUAUGAGUACAAAUCUAUAUCCACCAGUUGAUCCCAGAUUCAUUUCACAGUUCAACAGUGGAACAUUACCUCUGCCAUAUUCCUAUGAUGUUUGUGUAACUCUCGAUCCACAUGACCAGGAAUUUGCAUUUCUUAAACCUCAGCACAAUGUUCCAGUUGACAGUCUAAUAGAUGCUGAUGAUUCUGGUAUUGGAAAUGAAACUAUAAAGAACUGUUCACCUGUAGAAAUUUUAAUUCCACAGCUUUAA